CUCACCGAAUCAAAGUGAAAGUGAAAGUGAGAUGACGAGAUUCCGAAAUGUUUUAACCACAGAGCCGCAAUCUACCAUCACAGAGGAGGGGUGUACUUCUUCCAAAAUGAGUCUCUAUGAGGAGAAAGAAGCAGAGGCUGCUGUUCAUUCCCCAGAACCCAGCUAUGUGUCAAUGAAGAGCAACAUCUCCAUGAGGGAACCGCCUGUAUUGAGUAAUAGAACAGCAAUAUCUGACCCCAGUUUGAAGCAAUAUAACCUUGUCAGAUCUUUAAAGUCCUGUACUGCCUUCGACUGUCAGAGCCACAUCCUGCAGAAUGACACAGAAUUUGCCUUGAAGACAUGCACACUGCUGGAGGAAACUGGAGACUUGCAGCAGGAUUCUCACCAACCAGUAGAUGAUGUUCUUCAAAGAGUCAAAGACCAACACAAAACCAGCAUGCAUAACAAGUAUGAGAGCUUCUUUGAGGGAAUCAAACUACAAAAUAAUCAAACCUUCCUGAACAGAAUUUACACACAGCUCUACAUCAUAGAGGGAGAGAGUGAAGGGGUGAAUGAAGAACAUGAGGUUCUUCACAUGGAGAAAACACCACAAACUCAACACUUACAAGACACUCCAAUCUACUGCAAUGACAUAUUUAAACCCUUACCUGAACCAGGGUGUGAGGAGAAGAGAAAAGACCAAAUAAAAACUGUUCUUACCAAAGGCAUCGCUGGAAUUGGAAAAACAGUCUCUGUGCAGAAGUUCAUUCUGGACUGGGCCGAGGGAAAAGCCAAUCAGGAUGUAGAUUUCAUGUUUGUGCUUCCAUUUCGAGAGAUUAACUUGAUUAAAGAUGAGCAGUACAGUCUUCACAAACUUCUGCUGGUCUUUCAUCCUGAACUGCAUGAUCUAGACUCAAAGAUUUAUAAUGAGUGUAAAGUUGUGUUCAUCUUUGAUGGUCUGGAUGAAAGCAGACUUACAUUGAAGUUUUCAGAAAGUAAGAAAGUUUCUGAUGUGACUGAGACUUCAUCAAUGGGUGUGUUGAUGUCAAACCUCAUCAAAGGAGAUCUGCUUCCCUCUGCUUUCAUCUGGGUCACCUCCAGACCAGCAGCAACCAAUCAGAUCCCCUCCAAAUACAUCAAACGUGUGACAGAAAUUCAGGGAUUCAAUGACCCUCAGAAGGAGGAAUAUUUCAGGAAGAGAAUCAGUGAUGAGCAUCAAGCCAGCAGAAUCAUCUCACACAUUAGAAGAGCAAGAAGCCUCCACAUCAUGUGCCACAUACCAGUCUUCUGUUGGAUCUCAUCCACUGUGCUUCAAAACAUCCUGAAACAAGAUGACAGUGCAGAAAUCCCUCAAACUCUGACUGAAAUGUACAUCCACUUCCUGCUCAUUCAGAUCAAUAUGAGGAAUCAGAAGUAUGAAGAGAAUGAUUCAAAGAAACCCCUGCAGUCCAACAGAGAAGUGAUUGUGAAACUUGCUGAACUGGCGUACAAACAACUUAUGAAGGGCAAUGUCAUGUUCUAUGAGGAGGACCUGAGAGAGAGUGGCAUAGACGUCACUUACGCCUCAGUGUAUUCUGGGAUCUGCACUGAGAUCUUUAAGGAGCAAUCUCUGAUUCAUCAGAGGAAAGUCUAUAGCUUCAUACAUCUGAGCUUUCAGGAGUUUCUGGCAGCUUUAUAUGUAUUUCACUACCAUGUAAGUACAACUAUGCAAGGCCUAAAAUAUUUUGCUUCAAUACAGAAUUUACUGAAAGGAGCCAUAGAUAAAGCCCUUCAGAGUGAUAAUGGACACCUGGAUCUUUUCUUGCGAUUCCUGCUGGGCAUCUCACUGGAGUCCAAUCAGAGGCUCUUACAGGAUCUACUGACACACACAGAGAACAGCUCAGAAUGCAUAAUGGAAACCCAAAUGUAUGUCAAAGACAAAAUCAGAGACGGACAUGGACUCUCCAUGGAAAGAUCAAUCAAUAUGUUCCUCUGUCUGCUGGAGAUGAAAGAUCAGACCCUGUACAGAGAAAUUCAGGAGUUUGUGAAAUCAGACAAACACUCAGAGAAUAAACUCUCUCCUGCUCAAUGUUCAGCAAUCGCAUACAUGCUUCAGAUGUCAGAGGAGGUGCUGGAUGAGCUGGACCUGAAGAAAUUCAACACAUCAGAGAAGGGUAGAAGUAGACUUAUACCAGCUGUGAGCAACUGCAGAAAAGCUCUACUUGCUGACUGUAAUAUAGCUGAUCAGGUCUUUGAAAUCGUGGCUUCAGCUCUACAAUCUUCUAAUUCCCUCCUGAGAGAGCUGGAUCUGAGUAACAAUGACCUGCAGGAUUCAGAAAUUAAGCUGCUCUCUGAUGCACUGAAGAAUGCAAACUGUCAACUGCAGAUACUGAGAAUAUCUGGCUGUAUGGUGACAGAGGUCGGCUGUUGUUAUAUGGCUUCAGCUCUGAGUUUAAACCCUUCACAUCUGAAAGAGCUGGAUCUGAGCUACAAUCACCCAGGAGAAUUAGGAGUCAAACUGCUCUCUGAGAGACUCAGUGAUCCAAACUGCAAACUGGACAAACUCAAUUUGGACCAUGGAGAGCAUUUCAGGAUCACACCAGGACUGCGAAAAUGUAGGUCUUUUCUCUCUUUUACACACACUUUUGCACUCUUGGCUGUAAAACAGUCCUUGAUUCAGUUCAAAUCUCUCUUCUUUUGGUCAGAUGCCUGUGAUCUCACACUGGAUCCAAACACAGUAAAUAAUCGUCUCAUUCUGUCUGAGGAGAACAGAAAGGUGACACAUGUGGAGGAUCAGUCAUAUCCUGAUCAUCCAGACAGAUUUGAGCACUAUGAGCAGGUUCUGUGUAGAGAGAGUCUGACUGGACGCUGUUACUGGGAGGCUGAAUGGAGCGGAUGGGCUGAUAUAGCAGUGUCAUAUAAAAAAAUUGGAAGGAAAGGAAGGAGUGAUGGUUGUAAUUUUGGACUUAAUGAAAAGUCCUGGAAUUUGAGCUGUAUUUACGGAAGAUUCACUGCAUGGCACAAUAAAAAAAGCACUGACAUACGUGCCCCUUCACCCUCAUCUAACAUAGUUGGAGUGUAUCUAGAUUGGCCGGCCGGCACUCUGUCCUUCUACAGCGUCUCUGACACACACACACUCACACACUUACACACAUUCAACACCACAUUCACUGAACCCCUCUAUGCUGGAUUUGGGGUUUUUUAUUCCGACUGCUCAGUGUCUCUGUGUUAAAUCGGACAACCAUCUGUGUGAAACAACAGUGGUGCAUACAACUCUCUCUUUAAACACAUUCCAUAUUUUAAUAGUUGUUUUAUGUGAAAUUAAAAUUAACCUUUAAAUAGAAGUUAUUUCUCUGUCGCAAAAGGUCUAAGUGUUGCAUUGCAUCUUAUUCCAUCCUGUUUUUGAACAUAAUGGAGAAAGUCUUGUCUGCUUAAAGUUAACGCAAGCAUUGUUAAAACUGUACACAUGUAUAUAAUUUAUAUUGGAGCCACUGAUUCUACCAUCACAUGCAUGCAUUUAGUUUUUUAGGGGAGAUUCGACACAUGAUGCACCAGUCAACUGCAAACAGACCUGACAAAUGGGCGGAGAAUGUCUCCAUCUAGAGGUGAAUAUAUGACAUUACCCUGAUAGCGCAUGAACAUUACCAAGACAUGUAUUAGAUGUGUGUGUUUACAUCUUGGAGGUUGUUUGCUAAUCUGCAAACAUCUAAGACGUUUCCUCUCGGAUGUCAUUAAGACAGUCUUCAGAUGUCUUUAAGAUGUUUAUGAUUUAGAAUGUUUGUUAAUCUGAUCUUUUUAAGAUGUUAAGCAAAUGUUGGUUAGAAUGCAAUGCUUUCUAGAGGAAAAUAUCUAAAAUAGACAUCUCGGAGAUGUACAUGGACAUACAUUUAAGUGAACACCACCUGUAGUGCUAUUAUUAACCACUCUUUUUAAUGGGGGAUUUUCAUUUGAAUCAACUUUAAAGUAUAUUCCACUGCCAGUCAUUACUGAAAAACCUUUACUUCAUUUCAUUUGUACUAUUCAG